CCGAGCUCCUUCUUCCCCCCUCAUUUUCAGUCCUGGGAUGCAAUAGCGCCUGCGAUCUCGACUUUAUUCAUCGUUUCUACAGCCCUUAGCCUCAGCAGAUAGCAAUUGACUUUGUUCGCUUUUCAACUGCUCCUUUUUUGGCUCUUGCAUUUAGGGAUCGGUGUGAUCAAAACAAUCAGUCCUUUCCAUUCCCCGCUACUCGACAUCCAAUUAUAAUUACACGGACGCCUGCGUUUAGCUGUGUCCGUCUGUAUUCUGUUCUCGGCCCAAUCGUCUAACACUAUCUGCGGUUCAAUUCGUCCCAUCCCGGUCUGUCCUGCUACAAUGGCUUCCGAAGCAGUCGCAGUCGAUGUCAACGGUGGCACCAAGUCCCGGGCCGCUAUGUUGGAGGAGCAGCACGCUCGCGAUGAGGCACACAAAGUGACCGUGGAGGAUGUAGUGGAUGAGGAGGAUCUCAAGCACCCUCCCCCAUCCUCGGUGGUCGAGGCCUCGGGCGACUCCAAUGUUUCCUCUCAGCCUGCGACUCCUUCCAUCCCCAAGGCAGCCCCCAAGAAGGCCCCUGCUUUCGACGUGCAGUCGGAGGAAUUGUUCCCCGCUCUUGGAAGUGGACCCAAACCCAAGGCCCCCGCCGUCUCAGCCUGGGGUGCUCGCGGCCCUUCCGCUGCUGCUGUCGCUAACGGCGCCAGUGGUGCACAAGCAGCUUCGGAUGUCCCGAGAAUCAUGAGUCUGCCUGGAAAGCACAUGGAGCAGCUUCGGCUAGCACCAUCCCAGAUGCUUCCCCGCGGCCAGAUGAAGAAGCCUCUGCGCGACAUUCUGCGCGACAUCUCUCGGCGCUCCAAGGCGAACGUUGAUAUGCGCGGUGGACCGGGAGGCUCCAUCAUUUUCGAGGGUAAGGGCUCCGCAGAUGCCGUCAGACAGGCGCUGAAGGAGGUCGCGCAGCAAGUUGGAUCUAAGCAAUCCGUCCGCGUUCCCAUCCCCACAUCCGCCCGCCCUCACAUCAUUGGUCGCCAAGGCGCUGUUGUUCAAGACAUUCAGCAACGCACAGGCGCGCGUGUUCAAGUCCCGCGUGCUGACGAGUCUGCCUCCGCAGACGAUUUCGAUGACGAUGAUACCAUUGACGUGUUGAUCGAAGGUGAUGCUGUUGCCGCGGAAAUGGCUCGUCGUGAGAUCGAGGCUAUUGUUCGUGAGAGAGCUUCCAACAUGAGCUUGAGACUGAAGACUAUUCCCCCCGAGUUCUUCCCUUUCAUUGCAGGUGCUCACAACGCGCAGCUCCGGGAAAUUGAGCAGCGCACAAAGGCACAAGUUCACGUCCCGCGGUACGACACCUGGCAGAGCCAGCCUCCCCCCCAGGAGGCUGACCCCGGUCAUGUUCAGUUCGCGCCUGUUUCGGACAGACACAUUCACAUCUCUGGUGAGCGCACUGCGGCUCAGGAAGCUCGCGCUGAGAUUGAGAGGCUCGCUGCCGAGCUGCAGCGCCAGCUGACACUGCGCCAACUCGCCAUCAAUCGCGGCCAACAUCAAUUCAUUCUCGGGGACAAUGCCGAUGCUUUGCAUGAGUUCCUUGCUGACACUGGCUGCGCCAUUGUUCUGCCUCCCGAUUCCGAUGAUAGCGAGUUCCUUGCUAUCACGGGACCUGUUGACUGCAUCGAGAAUGGUAUCAACCGGGCCAUGGAUCUCGCCACGAGCAUGCAAAUGGCGAGCAUUGACCUCUCCCGUCAACACCCCAAUGCGCCUGCUGGACCUCAUGCCCAUGCUCGUGCCUUGACUCGCUACCUCAGACAGCGCCAGAUCAUUAAGGAGUUGGAGAAUUUGUAUGACGCUCGCAUUGCGCUCCCGCCUAGCUCUAACGGUCCGGUUACCUGGGAAGUCUACUCCCGGGACGGCAAGAACACCAUUCGUGCGCGAUCCGAUAUCAUGAAUCUCGUCCAAGCACACCCCCCGACCAGAAUCCGUGCCGUCAAUGUUGAUCCUUACUAUCACCCCUACCUGGAGUCUCGCACCAUCCCUAAGCUUCAAAACGACUACGGUGUUCACCUCCUGGUGCCCGAAGACCUUGAUAGCUCGGAUGUGUUCAUGGUUUACGAGGGCCCUUCGUCUAACGCUGGCCAGUUCGAGAUCCCAAGGCAAAGACCUUCCCCCGCAGAAGUUGCCACUUUCGAAAAGGUCCUCCAAGAAGCUCAGGACUACCUUCUGAGCGCUCUUGGUGACCAGAAGGAAGUCGUGGCGAAGACCAUCAACGUGCCAAGCAAGUACCAAGACAAGGCCCGGAAAUUCAUUGCCCGCGAACAGCAGUCUAAGGGCGAGGAUGAGAUCCCCGUCCGGGCCAUUGUCAGUGAAGGAUCCAGCCGCACUGAGACCGAGGUUGCGCUUCGUGGUCCUUCCCGCCUCGUGGAAGACUUGAUCUCCAAGAUCCAGGAGUUUGUUGUGGAGCAGGAGAAGGAUGACCUUGAGAGAGGCUACACUACGACUUUUGACUUCCCCCAGAAGUUCGCUAACUUCCUUAUUGGCAAGAAGGGCGAGAACAUCAACAAGCUGCGUGACGAGUUCGAUGUGGAUAUCAAGGUCGAGAACGGCAAGGUUGAAGUUAAGGGGCCCAAGGCGAAGGCCGAUGCUGCCAAGAGCCGCAUCAUCAACCUUGGAAAGAAAUUGGAGGAUGAGACGACUCACACCCUGAAGAUUCCCGCCCAAUAUCACCGUGAGCUGAUCGGCCAGAAGGGUAGCCAGGUGAACAGACUCCAGGACCGUUACUCUGUCCGUGUUCAGUUCCCCCGAGCUGCCAGCGACGACCAGGAGACUUCCAGCGAAGCUGGCGGCUCUCGCCCCAACCGGUCUCAGCAGGCUGCGGACGAAGUCAUCAUCAAGGGUCCCAGCAAGGGUGCCGACUCGGCACGGGAUGAGAUCCUGAGUCUGUUGCAGUGGGUCGUCGACCACUCCCACACCGCGACUGUGUCGGUGGCCCAGGCCCAGAUCCCCUCUCUGAUCGGGCAGCGCGGUCGCGAGAUGGACAAGCUUCGCGCCGAUACCGGUGCCCAGAUCGAUGUUCCGGGCGCCAACGAUGCACCGGAUGAGUCGGGCCGCGUGCAGAUCAAGAUCCGGGGUACCAAGCAGCAGGUCGAAGAGGCCAAGAAAACCUUGCUUCAACGAUCCGGCGAGUUCGAUUCCAUCGUCACCAAGACCAUCGACGUGGACAAGAAGUACCACAAGUCCCUUAUUGGCAGUGGCGGUGCCAACAUCCGUAAGAUCGUUGCUGAUGCUGGCGGUCCCACUGACGGCAGUGCUUCUCGGCUGGUCAAGUUCCCCCGUCCGGAGAGUGCUGAGUCGACCAUCAAGCUGGAAGGAAACGAACAGGUUGUUGACAAGAUCAUCGCUGCCAUCGAAGAACUCGUCAAGGAGCGCGCGGAUCAGGUGACUGUGACUCUCGACGUUCCCACGCUUCAACACCGUCUUCUGAUUGGCCGCGGUGGUGAUACCCGCCGCAACAUCGAAUCGAAGUUCAACAUCACCCUGGACAUCCCCAAGCAGGGCUCUGGCCGCACCGAGAUCAAGCUCAAGGGACCCAGCCAAGCCGUUGCCGAAGCCAAGGAGCACAUUGACGGUAUGCUCAAGGAUCAGCAGGGUGAGACGGUUGAAGUGCCCCGCCACCUGCACCAUGUGAUUGCCGACAAUGGCUCGUUCUUCCGCCGUCUCCGUAACGAUUACCGUGUCACCGUCGAUCACGCUGGCCAACAGGUGCCUGCCAAGCCCGUCUCGGAGGACUCGCGCGGCGAGGUCAAUGGAGCCUCGUCGCUGCCGCUGAUCACGGAUGAGCCCACCGAUGCCGCCGAGGUCCACUCGUGGAAGGUGGUCGACAACAGCCCUGCGCCCGCCGACCCGUCCGAACCUGCUACCAUUCCGUGGGUGCUCGCCGGUACCAGCGACAACGUUGCCAAGGCCAAGUCGGCUCUGGAGAAGGCCAUUGCCAACGCCUCCCAACAGUCUGCCACCGGUUACCUGAUCCUGCCCGACCCCAAGACGUACCGUUUCGUCGUCGGCCAGGGUGGCAGCCAGAUCAACGCGAUCCGCAAGCAAACGGGAUGCCGGAUCAACGUCCCCAAGGGCCAGGCCAAGGGCGAGGCGAUCGAGAUCAAGGGAAGCAAGGACGGUCUGGAGGAAGCCAAGGACAUGAUCCUGGAGGCAGUCCGCGCAGGCACGAGCGGUAACUCCCGGUAAAUGGCUUGACGACGAAAUCCUGAGCGCAAGAAUGCCAGGCGUGAUCUCGCUUAGGACAAGGUUUUGGAAAUAAUCAGGACGCUCUCUCUUUUUUUUCUGGCCUCCCCCUCUCAUGGCCUCAGCAUCAUCAAACAUUCCACCUACCUACGAUUACCAUUACUUUUUUUUUUACUUUACAGUUCUAUACUUGUGUUGUUAUGUUUAUAAAAAGAAGAAGACUGUUACGAUCCGAGAUCCCAUGAGCAUUUUUUUUUUUGGCAAGCAGGCAGCGGUUGGAUUGUCUUUUUGUACUUCUCUGCCAUGAUUUAUGCAUGAGCUAGCCCUAUCUACUCUCAUCUUACUCUACAACUCCCUCCGUCUA